AUGGGCCAUCCAAUAGAAGCCAAGAUCUUGGCGCUCUCACAGCGCACAGGGCUGGACGAAGUGACCCUAAAGCUUGCGAUAUGCCUUUUUACUUCCUUUCCCUUCAACGCGCUACUGAAACGGCUGCCAGACCAUAGAGUGAACCUGAAAUGUUGGUACAUCAUUUCAGUCGCUGCGUUCUACCUUUUCGGCGUACUCAACAUCUUCACGGGCUUCCGCACGCUUUUCGUCAGCACCAUGUUUACCUACGUGAUCACCAGGUUUUACCGCUCAAGGUUCAUGCCCUACGUGAACUUUGUCGGGGUGAUGGUGCAUUUGGCGGUCAACCACCUUGGCGCUCAGUUUUUCGGUACGGCUGACCCCUCCAAGGUCGAUAUCACGGGCGCUCAAAUGGUCUUGGUGAUGAAGCUCUCAUCUUUCGCGUGGUCGUAUCACGAUGGCACAAACGCGGACCACGCCCACCUCACUGACCACCAGAAGUCACGCGCAAUUUCACACCAUCCAAGUCUGCUUAGCUUCCUGGCGUAUGCAUUUUUCUAUCCCUCGCUAUUCACCGGUCCAAGCUUUGACUUUGCGGACUUUGAGUCGUGGCUGAACUGCGAAGUAUUCCGCGACUUACCGGACGCACGCAAGCCUAGACGUAGGUGGACAACUAGAGACCGCAACCUGCGCAGACAGAUCCCCAAGUGCGGAGGGCUCGUUUUGUGGCGGAUUGCCCAAGGCAUUUUUUGGAUCACGCUGUCUUCAGUCCUUCCUAACUACAUCUCGAAGGAAUACAUGUUUACACCGGAGUACGCUAACAAGUCCUUUUUCUACAAAAUCCAUUACCUUUACAUUCUCGGUUUUACGUUCCGUCUCAAGUACUAUGCUGCGUGGACCAUGUCCGAGGCUUCCUGUAUCCUUUGUGGUCUAGGCUAUAAUGGAUACGACCCUAAGACCAAGAAAAUAAGAUGGGACAGGGUUCGGAACAUCGACAUUUGGAAGUUUGAGACCGCAUCCAACACACACGAGGGCCUAGAGGCUUGGAACAUGAACACGAACAAAUGGUUAAAGUACUAUGUUUACUUGAGGGUAACAAAGCCAGGUGCUAAACCAGGCUUCCGCAGCACGUUGUUCACUUUCCUAACGUCUGCUUUCUGGCACGGAACAAGGCCCGGAUAUUACUUGAGUUUUGCAACUGGCGCUUUAUACCAGACAUGCGGCAAAAUUUACAGACGUAACCUUCGUCCGCUAUUUCUCGCUGCUGAUGGCUCGGCGCUCCCAACUAAGAUAAUCUAUGAUGUGAUCUGCUUUUACUUGAUGAAGCUUGCGUUCGGAUAUCUCGUGCAGCCAUUUGUUAUUUUGGAACUGCCAGGCUCUCUAGCGUGCUGGCGGUCUGUCUACUUCUACAUUCAUCUUGGGAUCGCAGCCACAUUCUUCAUUUUUAAGGGUCCUUUUGCAAAGCCUGUUCUCAAGUUCAUUAAAUCCCACCACCCAGCUGUGGUUGCGGAGGAGAAGCAAAAGCAGCAGCUCGAGGAGGCCGGCCCACUUGGAGACAUCGUAAAGGCUAAGAACCUCUAUGAGCAGGAGGAGAGCUCGAGCAACAUGCACCUGGGCAUUCCAGACGCAGACUUUGAUCGCUUCAAUCUCGACGAAGCGAAGAAGGAGUUCAAGGAGUUUCUGGAGUCCUACGAGAAAUGGAGAUCAGAGAAAGGCCUAGAAAUAGAAGAGCAAAACUUGCAAAAAGCUUUCGAGAACUUUAAAGAGGAGAUGGGGCCAGGUAAAACCAGAAGAACUAGCUUCAGCAGUUAUUCACCCAAGCCCAUCCAGAAGAAAGACUGA